AUGUCCGACUACUCCCAAUCAUCCUCCGGCGCCAGCGCCGAAGUAUCAGAGGAUGAGGUCCAGUCUAACGUGCCGGCCCCGGUGCCUCAUAACCAGGAAAUUCUCUCCGCCCCCGAAGAGGACUUGUUCCUGGACAAUGAGGCCGCAUCGUCUUCAGAUGAGACCGCCUCAGGCACUCCCGUCAUCAUGAAUGCGAGGGCUUAUCAACUCGAGAUGUUUGACGAGAGCAUGAAACAGAAUAUAAUCGUAGCUAUGGAUACCGGAAGUGGCAAAACCCAAGUUGCCACAUUACGUAUUAAAGCAGAGUUAGAAAGGACUCCCACAGAACAGAUUGUCUGGUUCUUGGCGCCCACAGUAUCGCUAUGUGCCCAGCAAAUUGCGGUUCUCAAAUCUCAAAUUCCUGCUGUGCAGAUGAAGUUUCUAAGCGGCGAUGACAAUGUUGACGCCUGGUCUGAUCAGUCCGUCUGGGACGCCGUACUACUCAAUGUGCGGGUGGUUGUUUCAACGUACCAGAUCCUGCUGGAUGCUUUGUCGCAUGCUUUUGUGCGCCUCGAGAGGUUAUCUUUGCUUGUUUUUGACGAAGCCCACAACUGCGUAGGGAAGUCUCCCGGAAGCAGGAUCAUGACCAAUUUUUACCACCCCCAUAAGCACGAUGGACGUGUUGUGCCUCACAUCAUGGGCUUGACGGCAAGUCCAACUUUUGGAUCCAAAGUCGAGAGCAUAGACGUGCUAGAGUCAACCCUCGACGCCGUCUGCAAGACUCCUUCUGUGCACCGCGAUGACCUUCUCGCUUGUGUGAAGAAACCGCAGCUUUCCUAUGUCUCAUUCCUUCCAAAAGACGACUAUGGCGUGCCGAAAAGCUUACGAAGCCUAUUGACCGCUGUUCAAAAUCUGGACAUCGCCGAGGACCCGUACGUACUACACCUGCAAACCGAAACGACAAACCGCAGUCGACGAGAGCUCAUCGCGGUCUUGGAAAGCCAUGACACCUACGUUCAAAACCAAAUGACGUCUUUCGGUCGUCAGGCGAAUUUCAUCUUUCGAGAGCUGGGGCCUUGGGCGGUCGAGUACUACAUCUGGGAAGUCAUAUCUCGGUUCAAAGCUGCGGUACGGACCCGAAGCAUCUGGCUUGAGGCCUGGAAGGAAGACGAGAAGACCUAUCUCUUCAACAUCCUCGAUCAAAUUGAGUGCCAAUGUCCAUCGGCAGAUUCCAUCAGUCGGGACGUAAUCUCGGAGAAAGUCUUCAUCCUGGUCGAGCAGUUGCUUCAAGACACGACGGACAUCAUCGGCAUCGUCUUUGCUAGAGAACGAGCGACCGUUGGUGUCCUGUGUCAUCUCCUUGCUUCUCAUGAGGCGCUGAGAUCGAAGUAUCGAAUUGGCUCUAUGGUGGGAUCAUCGCAGUACCAAGCUCGGAAGAGAGAUAUUUGGGAUCUCACCCGCGCAGAAGAUUUGCAGUCCUUGCAGCAGUUUCGAUCGGGGAAGAUCAAUCUGCUGAUUGCCACCAGUGUCCUCGAGGAAGGCAUCGAUGUUCCAGCUUGCAAUUUGGUUCUCUGCGUCGACAAACCGCCGAAUCUGAAAUCCUUCAUUCAGCGUCGGGGAAGGGCUCGAAUGCGAGACUCCAAACUUCUCCUGCUGCUGGAUCUUUCCGAGCCCCUACCUCGAGAAUGGGAGACGUUGGAGGUCGAAAUGAAGAUGCAGUACGAGAAUCAAGAGCGCGAACUCGAGCGUCUGAAGGAGAUUGAGGAUACAGAGGAAACGAAAGACAUGAAGUUUGUAGUUGAGUCGACGGGUGCGACCUUGGACCUCGACAAUGCGAAACAGCACCUCGACCAUCUUUGCCGGAUUUUAUCCCCCGGGGAGUUCAUCGAUUGGCGACCUGAUUACAUCAUUACGAAACUCGACAACACCGAUGCGCCUGAUCUCAAGGCUAAAGUUACCUUGCCAAGCUACCUUCCAGCAGACGUACGGUCCGCUGAGAGCCAGCUGGCGUGGAAAUCCGACAAGAAUGUCAAGAAAGAUGCUGCAUUCCAGGCCUACGUGAGAUUGUACCGCGCCGGCCUCGUCAAUGAGAACCUUUUACCAUUCAAGCCAGAGGAUUUCAUCCCGGGUGUCGACAAGAGAGCUGCUGUACUACAGGUCAACGGCCUUCUCAAUGCUUGGACAGGUGUUGCCAAGGCAUGGCAGCACGACGACUCUUUCAGGAGAACUCAGAUCCUUUUACAUGACGCGAAUGAUGAGGUUCAGGGAGAAUACCAAAUGAUUCUUCCCACGUGGGUGCCUGGGUUGAACAAAAUCCCCAUUCAUCUCGACUACAGCACAACCUGGACGGUGGAAUUCGGCAGUCAGAUUCCUCUUGACGAGUUGCCCAGCACCGACCAUACCGCUGUUCUUCUUGCUCUACCCUAUGGGCAUCGAUGGUUGUCGGCAGAGCUCCAGCAGGUCACCAGGUUCUGUGCGCUAGAGAACGGUGAAUAUGCGGAUAUGUCUCUGGAAGGAAUUGGAUCGAAACGCUUCAUACCAGACCAGGUGUCGGCACAUGACCUCACUUGCUUCGUCCGGGAUGGCACCGGUUGCCCCUAUCUGUACGAGGGUGUCAUUCCGGACAAGCCCAGCUACGAACAGGUACGGAAAGCCUUUUACGGGUUUGAAGAAGCGCCUACAGGCGUUCCGUACUUGACUCUGAAGAAAUGGUCUCGUCGGUCAGACUUCCUCCACCGACCGCAGAGUGACCCCGGCCAAGCGCCGACUAACGACAAACCAUACUCGAGAGUGUAUCCGGUUCCGCUGGCUAAGAUGGACGCGAUACCAGCCAAGUAUGCCCAAUUCGGUGUGCUCAUCCCGUCUAUCCUGCAUCGCGUCGAAACUUGUCUCGUUGCCAAAGAGCUGGCUUCGACUUUGUUGAGACCGCUCGCUAUCGAUGAUUGGAAGUUGAUCCAAACGGCCAUCAGCGCUGGUAGUGCCAACGAACCUACCAACUACGAAAGACUCGAAUUCCUCGGCGACUCGAUCCUGAAGUUCUCCACCACCAUAAAUGUGGCUGCCUUGAAUCCGGAGUGGCCAGAGCGUCUGCUUUCGUUCAAGAAAGACAGCAUCGUGGCCAACUCGACGCUUUGCAAAGCAGCAAUCAAGCACGGUCUCGACAGGUUCAUCCUCACAAAACCGUUCACGGGGCAGAAAUGGCGCCCGAUCUAUGUGGACGACGUUCUCAAGCGCGGCGACGAACCGACGACAAGGAAGAUCUCGACCAAAACCCUCGCCGAUAUUGUCGAAGCACUGAUCGGGGCCUCCAUGAUCAAUGGUAAUCUUCCAAAGGCGCUAGAUUGCAUCGCGAUAUUCCUUCAACAAAUCAACUGGAGAAGCAUUAAUGACUGCAGGAGGCUGCUGUACGAUAUCGCGCCUGCCGAUAUUGAGCUGCCUUCAACCCACGCACCCUUGGAGAAGCUGAUCGGCUACAACUUCAAGAAGAAGUCCCUUCUCGUCCAGGCGAUGACUCACGCUUCCUUCACCUUCGGCAACACCAUCGGUUGCCUCGAGCGCCUCGAGUUCAUCGGGGAUUCUGUCCUGGACUACAUCAUCGUCAACCGUCUCUUCGCUGUCAAGCCGGCCCUCUCACAUCAGUCUAUGCAUCUCCUCAAGACAGCUGUGGUCAACGGUGACUUUCUGGGGUUCCUGUCCCUCGAGAAGUCCGUUGAGCAGGACGAGAUCGUCGUCACCGACGGCGGCACCAAGCGUAGUCGUCCCCAGCUGAAAUAUUCCACCUUCGCCCUCCCGCUAUGGAAGUUCAUGCGUCACCAAUCCUCUGCCAUCGGUCUCGAACAGAUCAACAUAGAGAAGCGGUGGACCGAGAUGCGUGGGCCCCUGAUUGAAGCCAUGCAACACGGAAAGACGUACCCGUGGGCCCUGCUGGCGCGUCUGCAGCUGAGGAAGUUCUACUCGGACGUGUUCGAGUCGCUCCUCGGCGCGCUGUGGGUCGAUUCCGGAGACAUGGGGGUCUGCGAGCGGCUGGUCGAGCGCUUCGGGAUCCUAGGAUUCCUGGACCGCAUCCUCCGCGACGGCGUUCACUGCCUCCACCCUAAGGAGGAGUUGGGGCACCUCGCCGACCAGGAGAGCGUCCAGUACGUGCUCAGCUCGAGGGAGACGGGGAACAGAGAGAGGGAGCACCUGUGCAAGGUCAUGGUCGGCCAGCGAUGCGUCGUCGAGAUCGAAGGCGGCGUCACCAGGGACGAGGUCAGGGUCAAGGCCGCGGAGGCGGCGGUGAGAAUCCUCAAGGAGGAGAAGUUAAGAAAGACGGAGACACAAAAAGAUGCGGAUGGGGACACAACUAUGGGCGCUGGAAAUGACCAAAGCGACUAG